AUGACAUCCAUCAAGCAAACCAUCGUCCUCCUCUUGGCAACAACCAGCGCGCUAGCCACCGCCCUCCGCCCCAGCGAAGACCCCUUCUACACCCCACCCCCAGGCUACGAGUCCACAGCACCAGGAACAAUCCUCACCCACCGCGAAACCCCACACGCCAUCUCCUCCCUCAACCUCCUCCCCAUCAAGCUGCACAAAGCGCACCAAAUCCUCUACCGCACGACCGACUCCUUCGACCGUCCCACCGCAACAGUAACAACCCUCCUCAUCCCCCACUCCGCGAACCUCUCCACCCUCCUCUCCUUCCAAGUCGCCCAAGACAGCUCCUCCAUCGACUGCGCCCCGUCCUACGCCUUCCAAUUCGGCGCCGCAACAGCAACAGCAACCAACCUCCUCGGCACCCUCAUAUCCCAAAACCAGCUCCUCCUCAUAACAGCCGCCCUCCGCAAUAAGUGGCCCGUCCUCGUCCCAGACUUCCAAGGCCCCCGCGCCGCCUACCUCGCCAACAAGCUCGCCGGCCGCGCCGUGCUCGACUCCCUCCGCGCAGCGCUCUCCUCCUCAAACUUCACAAACCUCUCCCCCACCGCCUCCCUCACAAUGUGGGGCUACUCAGGCGGGGGUCUAGCCACAGCCUCAGCAGCAGAGCAACACCCGCUCUACGCACCAGAGCUGCACAUCCUCGGCGCCGCGCUCGGCGGCACAGUACCCAAUCUCAGCACAGCGCUGGUCCAAAUCAACGGGACCCACUCCGCGGGCCUCAUCCCGUCUGGACUAUGGGGUCUGGCCAACGAGUAUCAAUCCGUGAACGACACGCUUAACACAUACCUCGUCGACAAGCCACGCCUCCGCAAGAAGUUCACCAAAGCGCGGCACCAGUGCUGCGGGGCGAACUUGGUACACUUCAUGCACCAUGAUAUAUCGCGGUAUUUGUCACCGGGGGAUAUAUAUUUAACGGAUGAGGGAUUGAAUGAAGUGUAUGCGGCAAAUGCGCUAGGAACACUAGGGACAAUACCCACCGUGCCGAUGUUCGUGUAUAAGAGCGUGACGGACGAGAUCAGUCCUGUUGAGGAGACGGAUGAGCUUGUUAGGUUUUGGUGUAGUCAGGGUGCGAGGGUCGAGUAUAGGCGGGUGCUGGUGGAGGGACAUGGGCCGUUGGCUGUGAAGGGGGCGCCGUCUGCGCUGUUGUGGUUGGGGGGGAGGAUGGGGCUUUUUUCAGGCGAUGGACGGUGUAGGCAGACUACGAAGUUGACGGCGUUGGCGGAUGUUGAAGCUGGGGAGUUGUUGGGGGAUGUUUUGCGGGGGAAGUUGGAGAAGGUGUUGGCGGAGCCUUUGGGGGGGUGGAUUGGGUUGUGA